AUGAAGAAUCCAGAAAGAGAUAUUAACGACGAGGAGAUUGCAUAUUCCGAAAGCGACAGCGAUAUGGAAGAUAUUCUAGGUCAAGACGAAGAUGAUGACCCAGAUCUUGAUGGGACAUUAAAAUGGAAAUCAAAUUUGACCGAAAAAGCAAAAAAACUGUUUUACACUAAUCGUCGAAUUAAUAUUAUGCAAUUGAUCUAUAGUAACGACAAAACGCCAGAAGAAAUUGCAUCAGGAAAAUUUUCUGAAUUAUUAAAAGUUGAAGCAGCCUCCAAUGAGAAAGACAAUGUAGAAGAGGAGAAAGAUGAUGAGGAAUUUUUCAAGAUUAUAAA